UCCGGAAGGCAGAGCUGCUCGGCCGGCGCUCCGGGAGCGGGCGGUCUCCAUGGCAACCAGCAGGCCCCGACCCAGUUGCCUGGUUCCCCGCUGCUGUCUCGCUGGCCGCGCCCGCACAAAGACUGUGCGGUGACCGCGCAGUGCCACGACCCCGCCAUUCCAGCCCCGCGGGAACCGCAGCCACCGCCGCCCGGGAAGCAGUUCCGGCGGUCGCCGUGACGCGCAGGCCGGGUGCGGCCCCGACCCGCGGGCCAUCUUGGCAGCGGAAGGAGCAGCGGAGCGACAGGUACACGCGCUGCCCGGCCCAGGCCAGCUCAGGUGCGGCCGCCUUUGUUCUCCGGCAGGUAGUCUCGUCGCACCCGCGGGCAGCGCUUUCACUCGCAGCCCGCACUCCGGCAGGUGCAUCCCGCCAAGUCUGGGCAGCGCAGGUCUGCGCAUCCUGUAAGGCCUGGGCAGGUCCAGCCUAUGCUUCCUACAAGGCUUGGGAAGGCCCAGCCCGCUCAUCCCUCAAGGCCUGGGCAGGUCCUGCCUGCUUGUGCUGCAGGCCAGAGUAGGUUCAGUCUGUGCAUCCUGCAAGGGUUGAGCAGGUCCAGCUCGAACAUCCUUCAAGGCCUGGGCAGGUCCAGUCAGCGCCCCACACCUUGACCCUACAAAGCUUGCAGAAAGGAACUGACUGCAUCCAGGACAGGAUCAGUGUCCCCAGGCUUGUUCUCCCAGAUUCUGCCUGGGCGCACCUGCUUCAGCACCCGAGGCCUUUUGCUCUGGUUCUCCAGCUCUCUGUUGCUUGAUCUUUGCCAGAAUGGUCCAACCUCAGACCUCCAAAACAGAAAGCCCAGCCUCUGCCUCUGGUGCCAGCGCACAGAUGGAUGAUGUGGCCGAAACCCUGACCUCCCUGCGACUCACCAACUCUGCACUGAGGCGCGAGGCCUCCACGCUGAGAGCCGAGAAGGCCAACCUCACCAACAUGCUGGAGAGCGUGAUGGCGGAGCUUACACUGUUGCGCACUCGGGCGCGCAUCCCUGGCGCUCUGCAGAUCACUCCGCCUAUCUCUGCCAUCACCUCCAAUGGAACCCGACCCAUGACCACGCCGCCCACCUCGCUGCCUGAACCUUUCUCUGGAGACCCCGGCCAGUUGGCGGGGUUCCUGAUGCAGAUGGACAGGUUCAUGAUUUUUCAAGCUUCCCGCUUCCCGGGUGAAGCCGAGAGAGUGGCCUUCCUGGUGUCCCGACUGACUGGGGAGGCAGAGAAGUGGGCCAUUCCCCACAUGCAGCCGGACAGCCCUUUGCGAAACAACUAUCAGGGCUUUCUGGCCGAGCUGCGCAGAACCUACAAAUCCCCGCUGAGGCACUCGAGGCGUGCCCAAAUCCGGAAGACUUCUGCAUCCAAUAGGGCUGUGCGGGAGCGGCAGAUGUUGUGUCGCCAACUGGCCACAACGGGCACAGGGCCCUGCCCAGUGCAUCCAGCCUCCAACGGGACCAGUCCGGCACCAGCCUUGCCCACCCGCAGCCGGAACCUUUAGGGACCCUAUGACCACCCAGGUAGCUAGACUGUUUCUGAGAAGAAUUGUCCAUAAGGUAGCACUGUCCUGUUUGCAGACACCUUUCAUGCCACUCCUGAUCUAUGGGAGGCCAUCCUGCCAUCCUCAUUGGUCAUCCACCCUGCUGUGUGUUUUUGCUGGCUUUACUUGCAACUCGGUGCAUGCUCCCCUUUCUGUUGCUUGCAAUCCCAGCUUCUCUAGUAAUCACAACACAGCCCCUUGGAUAUGCGCCUGCCUAGGAGCCAUUUGGCUGACCACCUCUGCGGGCUCUGCAAGCCGACAUUCAGCUUCUGUGCACUCCUACAUAUACCCAGUCAGUUCCCUUCCUUGCUGAUGAGUUCUGAAUAGAAAGAAGCCAAGUUGGUCCUGUAGGUGGCUGAUGUAUACCUGAACCAGCCUGCCCACAUCUGAUCGCUUGGCAAGGUUUCCAGGUAGUCACUCUGCAUUCCGGGGGAUUCUUUCCCUUCUGGGGGAGCCUGUAUUCCAGCAUACCCCACUGCUGUUGCUGGGAACAUCUGGUCCUUCGCAGACAUUCCUCUUGCCUCUCCUGUCCACAGGAGACUCGUCCACAGCUGUCUGUGACUGCCAACGUUCUGAUGGCGUCAAGGACAUCUAGCAUUCAUCUGCUAAAUUAAUCGGGGGCCUGGGACCCUGGGCAGUUCCAUCAGGCUGCCACAGGCAGCAGAUUCCUGACAUCCAUGUGCCAGCUACGACAGACCAAGGGGGACCCUGGGAACCCCAUUUGCCGCCUGGAUUUCCAUUGAGAGACUCCCAAGCGUCUGCUCAUUCCUGCUCAUGUGGCUCCAUGGCAGGCCUUACCUAGCCGCAGACUUUUCCACCCAGGUGCCAUGUGGCUUUCACCUCUGCCUUUCAGCCACCCACACCAUCUCUAGGGGGUCUAAGGAGCCCAUGCAACGUAUACCUUCUCUGUGCCUGGGCCUAAUGUGUAGCCUUUGUUCAAGAACAAAAGACUGGCUGGGAGCCAGUUCCUCUGGGAGACACCAUCGAGCGCCUUCGGUAAGGGGUGUUGGCCUCUUGCUGAAGAAUUGGUUCUGAGUGGUUAACAGCCUUGGUCUUCAUGUGGCACACAUUCCAAUUCUGAGGAACAAAGCGUUGGCUUCUUCCCAGAAGGAUGACCUGGAAAUCAUACUCAGACUCAGCCGAGCCCUGGACAGUGACAUCUGUCACAUUUCAAUGCCAAAUUAACUGUGUUUACAUGCCCACUUGGCCCCUUGGGGGAGAUGGGUGCCUCUCCUGGGUUCUCCUGCCCUCCUCUGCAUGGUCUUGUCUUGACCACAAAAGAUCACCUCUGCACCCACCCAAAUAUAGCCCUCCCUUCUUGGGAGUCCAGAGGCUGGGACAUGGCCUCUUUCAGAGACUUCCUCUGACAUUGGGAAAAGUGAUUGAUUCCAAAGCAGCCACCCUUGCAAGGCCAGGGAUCUCCAGUGCUUGCUGGGCUCACGGCCCACAGCCACCUGCUUCUUGUUAACUCUGUUAGCUCAGCAGCCUUGCUGAACAGCCUAGACCGAGGCACCCUGCUGGCACCAUGGUGCUUCACAAGCAGGCAGAAAACUCCGGGGGCUCCAUUGAGGGUACUUACUGGUCCCCAACAGCUGAGUCUCAGAACCUUCCAAUAGAGGGGUUCCCAGGUGAAGCUAUAGCUUCAGCAGAAAAGUGGGGAGGUGUCUGUGGAGGCAAGAGGCACCUGGAACAUUUAUUUGUGGCCUUCUCAAUCAGGAUUAGAGACCCGAUGGGCGAUGUGUCACCUGCCCUGGCUCCUUGGACCACUGGGUGAUGUGUUUGUGUUAGGUUCUGCUUCAGCCCUCAGCUGGUCCUGGAGCCAGAGCCGUGCAGGCUGUCUCCCUAUGUGGCUUCACUAUCUCCCUGUGCCGUCUGGGCUGAUUCACCCGGGUCACUCUGCUGCAGUGGGUCCACACUGCUGCUCUGGUGGCAUUGGCUCGGUGAUUGUUUUGUUGUUGUUGUUGUUUUGUUUUUUUCUCAGUGUUUGUGUUUAUGGAACUGGGGCAGUGCUGCCCUGUAUUUAGAACCAUCUCGAUAGCUCCCUGUAGCUUGGAGCCUGGAGCACAUGAGAGGCGUCUGACACUGCCCUCCACCUUGGACCUGGAUGAACCACUUUGGAUCUGUUGCCGAGGAGCCCACUGUGGCUCCAGUGGGGGGACAUGGUUAGUCCCCAGCCAAAAGGACAAGAUGCAAGGCCCAUGCGGCUCCAGAGGGAGACUAUGCGGGGAGGCUUUGUACAUAUCUUAAGGUUAUAGUUUCUUGAGCUCAGAAGAGAACAGGGCAAAGGGGAGAGGAGCUGGUAUAUGAAGGAGUGGCCUUCCUCUCGGCAUUGACUGUUGUGACAGUACUGCGCAUGCUCCCCAGACGCUGUGACACCCAUAUGGUAAGCAGACUUCACUGUAUUUAGCACCUAACUGACAAUGGGACCUGGCCUGGCAUAAGGGUGACUUCCCAGCCUGGCAUGUAACGUGACCUUGGAGUUAUCUUCACGUCCCAAAGCAUUUAGUGACUUUGAAGGACCCCAGCUGAGUAUGUGGCAGGUGUGAAUGCCCUCUGAUAGUACAUUUGGGCUGGUCUGAGACAGGUGCCUGUUGUUGCAGAGGACGGAGCCUCUACUGGAUGCACAUCAGCCUGCAGGGGAGUAAAUGCAGCUGGGGAAGCUGCUGUGGGCCGAAGGUGACUCGGAGCAAGGCUGGGGCUUAGCUGGAGCACACUGGGGACAGGGCCUUAGGUGGCAGAGGCUCUGCCGUGUAGCAUGCGUGCUAAUUCCCUUCUGUCACCCUGUGCUCGGAAGGUGUCCAUCAGGAGCUUUGCUGGGAUGUCAUGACAUGAGGCUUGGGUUAGGAAGGGAGCUGGAGGCUGGGCCGGUGGGCAAGCUUCCCAGGGUUGGGGAAGUCCUAGCCUCCUUAGGACCUCACAUUGGACUUGGUGACAGCUAGUCCAGCACGGAGGGGAGAACUGAAGAGAGGAGCCCCAUUCAGUGCCACCAGCAGCUGUACCCGGGCUUCCCAUUCUCCAUGGCAACACAAGCCAGGAAGUAUAGGGGACCAGGGAGGAAAGAAAAUGAUCAAAUCCAGUGUUUUGGUGUUUCCUUCCUUCCUUCUCUGGCCCCAUCUUUCUUUGCGUCUAUAACCCAUGGUGCUGGAACCCCACAGCUGUCCCACAUGCCACCAACCUUAUCCUGAGUGACUACGAACUCUCCCCUAGGCAGAGGGACAGUGCUGUGUCAGAGAUUGAUGGUAUGUCAGAUUUUCCUCCUAAGGCCAAGUUACUCCCUUGGAGUAGAUUCUCAAAGGUGGGAUUGUUGGAUUAACGAAUACGGGGCCCUCUGAGACUUUUAUUACCUACCGACAAAAUGGUUUCCAGAAAUUUCUGUGUCCAGUCCGCUGCCACCAGCAAGGGUAAGUGUCUCUGAUCAGGGUCCUCGGCCAGGACUGGAGGAUGAGGCCAGCAGGACAGGAACAGCAUGCUCCUGCUGCCUCCUUCGGCUCUAGCUCGUUAAGCCUCCUUCACACCAAGUGAUUGUGUUUCCUCUUUUGCAGACUGCUGAUGUUCUUUGCCCCACUGACGGGCCUGGCCAGUUUGUAAGAGCUCCGUAAUGGAAUUAAAGAUACUAACCUGU